AUGUCACCAACAAAAUCAUCAACAUCAGUAACGGUGAACCUGAAAAUCUCUCUUGGUUUUGUAAAGUACAAUAAUAAACAAUUUUUUAACGGUGAUAAUAUAACGGUUGUGAUCAACAAAUAUGAAACAUUUCAAAUUUCGCUAAAUGCAACUUCUGAUUUAACUGGAACAAUGGUCACAAGUAGCGAUCCCAUAGCUGUUGUUAGUGGUUCUAAAUGUGGCAAUACAAGUUACAACAUACAAUGCAAUCCUCUAAUAGAAAUGGUUUUGCCUAUUAACCAACUGGAUAAUGCUUUUAUCAUUCCACAUAUAAAUGUUCGACCUGACAGUGUUGUUAGAUUGUUGAGUGUCACCGAUACCUUGGUUACGAUUCAAACUAGAUAUAGCAGCAACGUAACAAGACAGAUCAAAGGAAGACAUUUUUAUGACUUCCCACACAAUGAAGUAUCACUUGUUACAGCUUCUAGUGAUAUCUCUGUGAUGAUUUAUCCACAAACAUUUAGUAAUGAGAAAGGGGAUGCAUUCAUGAUGACAAUACCUGGAAUCAACCAAUACCUACCAUAUUACCACUUCGUUGUUCCUAAAGGUUUUCAAAGUUUUAUUAGCAUAACUACUCGAAGAAGCGAAUUUAAUGACUUCUUGCUAGAUGGGCUAAUUGUAUUUUCUGCAGAUAAAGUAUACACAUUGGUUUCUGACAGGACUAAUUAUAGUUCCUUCACAAAACCCAUUUCUAGUGGUGAACAUACCCUUAAACAUAGAUCUGGCAUGGUAUUUGGUCUAUGGGUUUAUGGAAGUGUGGGCUACGAUGCGUAUGGAUAUCCUGCUAGAAUGUAUUUUCGACAUCAAAAUAAAUUUAUUUGA